UCCUUGGGAUUACAGAGCGGGACGUUUGGCUUGUGAGCGGGAACGGCUUAGUCGUACACGGAGAAAGAACGAUUUAAAAAUGGGUGAUAUUGAGAAGGGCAAGAAGAUUUUUGUUCAGAAGUGUGCCCAGUGCCAUACUGUGGAAAAGGGAGGCAAGCACAAGACUGGGCCAAAUCUCCAUGGUCUGUUUGGGCGAAAGACAGGUCAGGCUGUCGGAUUCUCUUACACAGAUGCCAACAAGAACAAAGGCAUCACCUGGGGAGAGGAGACGCUGAUGGAGUAUUUGGAGAAUCCCAAGAAGUACAUCCCUGGAACAAAAAUGAUCUUCGCUGGCAUUAAGAAGAAGUCAGAAAGGGCAGACUUGAUAGCUUAUCUCAAAAAAGCUACUAAUGAGUAAUAGUUGGCCACUGCCUUAUUUAUUAUGAAACAGCUGUCUCAUGACUUUUUAUGUGUACCAUAUUUAAAUUGAUCUCAUACACUAGAAUUCAGGUCAUGAAUAGCUGAUGUAAUAUUUCUGUCCUGAUUUAAAUAAGAUUGGCUUGUGGCUAAAUGAAUAUGGUCAGCUUUUUGAAUUUUGAUAGUAAUUCUUGUUCAGCAAGUACUGUCAGUGUUUUCCCCUUCUAAAGAGAUGAUUAAACUUGAAAAAGGAAUGUUAAACUUUUCAGGGAUAUGGUGAAUGCCUUCUCAAACCCUAUAGGAGAUUGGUUUUAUAUUUAGAUUUCUAUAACUGGUUAUAUUAAUAUAUUUAAAUAUUGAGAAGCUCCCUUCACUGUCUCAUAGACCAGCAAGAUUCACCUGUGUUUCAAGUUGUGUUCAUUCACCUGUUAAGGCAAGGGCUGAAGAUACACUGACAAUGUCCACUUUAUCUUUUUGGUCUUAAAUAUGCCAAUUUAAUUAAAAUUCUCCAUC